AUGGCCGCCGCUGCCGUCGCCCCUCUGCUGCCGCUGGCUCCUUCCUUCGAAUUCAAACCCGACACCGGGAGGAGGGGGAGGACGCCGCCCAAGGAGGCGGCGCGUCUGAAGAGGCUGCUGCUGGAGAGAUGCUCGGGAGGCGCUGCAGCAGAGCUCGCGGCGUUGCACGGUUGCAUGAUCAAAACCGGGCUGAUCACCGACGACCACCUCACUGGCGCCCUGUUGGCCGCUCUCUCUGCCGCCCCCUCCUCCGGCAGCCUGGCCUACGCCGAGCAGGUCCUUGACGGAGUCUCCCGUCCCAACGCGUUCAUGUGGAACGCCCUGAUCAGAGCUCACUCCCACAGUCGGAGCCCCGACGAGGCCCUCCUCGUCUACUGCAAGAUGCUCCGCAGCGACUCCCCGCCGCCGCUACCAAAUGACCACACCUUCCCCUUCCUUCUCAGGGCCUGCGCCGCCGAGGAGCUCCGGCAGGUCCACGCCCACGUGGUGAAGACAGGCUUCGCCUCCGACGUCUACACUGCCAACUCCCUCAUCCACGCCUACGCCAAGUCCAACGGCGCCGGGGGGCCGGCGUGCGCCCGUCAGGUGUUCGACCGAAUGCCCCGCCGCGACGUCGUCUCCUGGAACUCCAUGCUCUCCGGGUACGUGAGCGCCGGCAAGAUCGGCGCCGCGCGCGAGCUGUUCGAUGCCAUGCCGGCGGCGGCGAGGAACCUCGUCUCCUGGACGACGGUGAUCCACGGCUGCGCGGAGAGCGGGCUGCCCAGGGAGGCCCUUGCCCUCUUCCGUGGUAUGCAGCUCGCCGGUCUCCGGCCGGACGCCGCUUCGCUCGCCGCCGCCCUCUCGGGGUGCGCCCAACUCGGAGCUUUGGAGCAGGGGCAGUGGAUUGGCGCCUACGUCGAGAGAGAGGGCAUCGCCGUCGACCCCACGCUGGUCUGCGCCCUCGUAGACAUGUACUCCAAGUGCGGCGAGGUGGAUGCCGCCAUCCGCCUGUUCAGGAAGACGGUGGCGGCGGGGGGGACAACGGUCAACAGCAACGUCUGCGUGUGGACGGCCAUGAUCCACGGCCUCGGCGUCAACGGUCGUGGCCUAGAAGCCCUUGACCUGUUCGAGGAAAUGCCGCAAAGGGGGUUACACCCCAACCGGAUUACCCUCACCGCCGCCCUGACGGCGUGCGGCCACUCGGGGCUGGUGGCGGAGGGGAGGGCCAUUUUCCGGCGGAUGGAAAGAUGUGACUACGGCUUCCCCCCUGUGGCGGAGCACUACGGGUGCAUGGUCCAUCUCCUCGGCCGUGCCGGGUUGCUGGAAGAAGCCAGGAAGAUGGCGCAGCGGGCGGCGCAGAGCGGCGGCAGCGGUGGCAACGUCAUCGUGUGGGGGGCGCUGCUGAGCGCCAGCCGAGCGCAUGGGAACUGGGAGAUGGGGAAGGAGGUGGGCCAGAUCCUCCUCCAGCUGGACUCCGGCCACGGCGGGCGGUACGUCAACUUGGCGAAGGUCCUUGCCGGCGAGGGCCGGUGGCCCGAGGCCGCCGCCGUGAGGAGCCUGAUGAAGGAGCGGGGCGUCAGGAAGCUCCCCGGCUGCAGCGCCAUUUGCGUCGACGGCGGCGUCGAUGAGUUCGUCGCCGGCGACCGCUCCCACCCGCGCUCCUGCGAGAUCUACGCGGAGCUGGAGAGAAUGAUGGCGAGGCUGAAGGAACACGGGUACGCGCCAGCGACAGGCGGCGCCGCCCUGCUGGGCCUGGAGGAGCAGGAUGAGAAGGCGGCGGCGCUCUGCUCCCACAGCGAGAAGCUCGCCAUGGCCUUCGGGCUCAUCAGCACCGAACCUGGGAGCGGGCUCCGCAUCGUCAAGAACCUCCGCGUCUGCGAGGACUGCCACGCCGCCGCCAAGCUCGUCUCCAAGCUCUACCGCCGCCGGAUUAUCAUGCGCGACCGGACCCGCUUCCACCUCUUCGCCGACGGGACCUGCUCCUGCGGCGACUACUGGUGA